CUUCACCUCUCAACAAUGUCAUCUGCACCCCCUGUGAUCAAAAACCUUCCUGUGACCAAUCGACAUGAUGUCUACGAUGCGAUCUCUCCAGAGCCCUACUUCUCUGGUUCGUUCAGCUCGACCUUCCGCAACAAAGUCAUUCUUGUUGCCGGCGGCUCCAAAGGAAUAGGCUAUUCCAUCGCCUCCUUCUACGCUCGGGCAGGAGCUACAGUCAUUAUUGUGUCCAGGUAUCGAAAUACACUGGAUGAAGCUAAGGCUCGCAUCCUUACCGAAACUGGAUCAUCGAGAACAUCAGCGGAGGUGCUUGCACUGGCAGCUGAUGUUUCAGACCCUAAAGACAUAGAACAAGUCGUAGCGAAGGUCAUUGAGAAGUACGGUCACCUUGAUGUGGCUGUCGCGAAUGCGGCUAUUGGCGGGUCUUGGGACAAACGUUUCACGGAGGGAGAUCCCUAUAAUGACUGGUGGAAAAUAAUGGAAGUAAACGUACGAGGACCUUACAACGUCGCACACUAUGCCCUCCCGCAGCUCGAGAAGACUGGAGGAUCAUUUGUCGCCGUCUCAUCAUUGGCAUGCCAGGCGAGCUUACCAUUUGCAAGCGCCUACUCGGUUUCCAAGUCGGCGUUGAAUAGGCUUGUUGAAUACACUGCUAUGGAGUAUCCUUCAGUCAGGAGCUUCACUAUUCAUCCUGGCAGGAUCCUUACCCAAGCUCCAACACUGAGGGCAGGACCCGCUCCAAAAUGGGAGCCAACUGCAAGUGAUACUCUGCAGCUACCAGCUGCAAUAAUCCUGAAAUUGACAGAUGGAAGUGGGAGGUUCGACUUUCUUUCAGGAAGAUUUCUAUCGGCGAAUUGGGAUUUGGAAGAAGUAGAGCGGGACUGGAAGAAGGAUAUUGUUGAGAAAGACAUGCUUGUUACACGAUUUGUAGUAUGAUUAACCGUAUUUGUACAUAAGUAUAUGUAUUGUUCAAGACGGCC